AUGAACAGUUACGGUUGUUAUAACCAACAGUACGAAAGUGUUGGCGGAACUACCGGCAGCAGUAAUCUCGUUGAACACUACAAUAACAGUUCCAACGGUUCGUACAAAAUGUCCCGGAAUGUAUCCAACUCACAUCCGGCACUGGAGCGGUCCGAUGUUCAUGUGGAAUAUGAAGUAGCCGUUCCAAUCCAUAGCAUCGAGUCUAUACGGCAUACUCCAUACCAUUCACUCUGGAAUUUGCAUGAAUGCUCUCAGCCUUCCACGUCCAGCUUUCAACACAUGGCCAGGAUGAUGGACACGCUAAUACUGGAUAAUUUAGCACCCUUCGCAUUCACUAAAAUUACCACCACUCAUCGGCCGUCAAGGAUCGCUGCAACGAACCUCGGACCGACAAAUGGAUCGUCGGGAAGUUCCGGUGCAGGCUGUGGCUUGAGUGGCGUUCCCGGCAUGGGUGUUGGCGUGAAGAAAGCAACCAGCACAUCCAAUGUGGCGGCCAGCUGCGGGGCGGGUGUAGGCAUCGGUAGCUCGUCGAUCCGUGUCAACCUGCAGAAGAAUAAAAUACCCACGCAAGGUCAGCAUAGAAUUUAUGUUACUUUUGCGCCCGUCUUGGUUGAAGUUCACCCCAAUCCUCGCCAUGCUGGUAUGGCGGCCUCCAACGCGGCGUCCCCGCCGACGGCAACCGAUUCCCGUUGGAUUUCCUCGCUGCGUCGUCGUGAUCCGGAGCUACAGCCAACGUUGCCUUCAAUCAAUCAUUCCAACCACCAGAGUACCUCGUCAUUGACGCACCAGACCAGUGUCGGCUAUGCCAGCUCGACGAACACUCCAACCGAACGACGCAGCAGUCGAAACAGCGGCCAGAAAUCUUCGCUUCGAAAGAGUCGUUCUGUCGAACGAAUCCGCGCUCGUAAGCUGGCUACUUCGAAAAUCAAGGAGCGACCGAAAAAGUCUUCAUCCGAAGAGGGCGGUGGAUCAGACGAUCAGGAAGUCACAUCAGUGGAAGAAAAUUCACCGCAACAGCAGCAAUCACCGGUUAAAAGAAUUGAAAAACCAAAGUUAUUUAGCUCAAUUGGAUAUGAAUCUCACCUAGUUGAUACGUUGGAAAAGGACAUGCUCCAGAAGAAUCCGAACGUGCAAUGGAAUGAUGUUGCCGGGUUAAACGAAGCGAAAGCUAUCUUGCAGGAGGCUGUAGUUCUUCCGGUUAUUUUACCUGAUUUCUUCCGCGGCAUUCGACGACCCUGGAAAGGUGUUCUGAUGGUGGGGCCGCCGGGGACUGGUAAAACAAUGCUCGCGAAAGCAGUCGCUACCGAGUGCGGAACCACCUUCUUUAAUGUUUCGUCGAGUACUCUGACGUCAAAAUACCGCGGAGAAAGUGAGAAGCUGGUAAGGCUACUGUUCGAGAUGGCUCGGUUCUACGCACCCAGUACGAUCUUUAUCGAUGAAAUUGAUUCCCUGUGCGCCUGCCGAGGAAGCGAUUCGGAACACGAAGCAAGUCGUCGGUUUAAAGCAGAGUUACUCAUACAGAUGGAUGGUUUGAAUGCUUCUAACGAUGAAAAAAUAAUAAUGGUUUUAGCGGCGACCAACCAUCCAUGGGAUAUCGACGAAGCCUUCCGGAGACGGUUUGAAAAGCGAGUCUACAUUGGUCUUCCGAACGAUAACACUAGGAAAGCGCUAAUGGAGCUGUGUUUGAAAGGUGUAAACGUUUCUUCCGAUCUCGAUGUAGAAGCAACAGCGGAGCAACUGCGGGGCUACACUGGAUCUGAUAUUGCUAAUGUUUGUCGCGACGCAGCAAUGAUGGCUAUGAGACGGCAUAUUAACGGUUUGACGCCGAUGGAAAUUAAAAUGAUCCGACGUGAGCAGGUGGAUCUACCUGUAACGGCGCAGGACUUCCAGGACGCAAUGGUAAAGACACGAAAAUCUGUAUCCGCCAAUGAUGUGGCACGUUAUGAAACAUGGAUGGAUGAGUACGGUUCCUGCUAGUGUUACAUCUAAGCUCAAAUCGAUGUCCAAUGAAAAUGUUGGACUCAAAGCGAAUCGUAACUACUGCACCUAUAACUACUUUCGCCUGGGAUGAAGUUUCACAGUUUCCCAAAGGAUGAUCUCAUAGUAGAUAAUUAAUUCCUCAAAGCCAUAGUGUUCAUUUACAAUUUUUAAGCAUUGUUGAGUUCAUUCGUUAAAUCCAAAAACUUGUAACUGUUACCUUGAUUGAUGGCUGAUUUAUCCGACCCGAUGAAAAUAAACUGCAGAUUUGGCCACGCUAGUUUGGUUAUACAUCCACGUCAUCA